AUGACCUUUCACCAAAGUAAAUGUAGUUAAAUAAGCUGUAUGUCAGUAAAUGUUGCUUCCAUUCAAAAAUAUAAUCAGAUACCUGUAUAUACACUGAACAAAAAUAUAAACGCAACAUGCAAAAAUGUCAAAGAUUUGACUAAGUUACAGUUCUGGUUGAGAGAAUGCCAAGAGUUUGCAAAGCUGUCAUCAAGGCAAUGGGUGGCUAUUUGAAGAAUCUCAAAUGUAAAAUAUAUUUUGAUUUGUUUAACACUUUUUUUGGUUACUACAUGAUUCCAUAUGUGUUAUUUCAUAGUUUUUAUGUCUUCACUAUUAUUAUACAAUGUGAAAAAUAGUAAAAAAGAAAGAAAAACCCAUGAAUGAGUAGGUGUGUCCAAACUUUAGACUGGUACUGUAUGUUGACCUGAUCAAUGUUACAUCAAUGUUGAACUUUUCAGUUUUAAGAAUGGACAGCUAUUGAAGUGCAAAAUACUGUAGCGAACAUUUAGCCUGGCUGUCAGUCUGUUUCUGCUCUCUUGCCAACACCUUAUUGAAUUGUCAUGCCAAACCUGGCUAUUGAAGUAUACUUUUUAAAGGCCCAAUGCAGUCAAUAACGUGAUUUACCUGUGUUUUUUUAAAUAUAUUGAUAUACCUUUUCUUUUAAACAACACAGAAACAAUUAUUGAUAUAGAGUUUGCUUAUUAAACAGUAAAUUGUAUUUUGCCCUAAACUCUCUUUGUAACCUUGUUGUAAGAACCAGACAUCCUGGCACGCAGGAAGUAGGCUCUAGUAUGGUUUCAUUUGGCAGAGAUUAAGCGCAUUCACACUGCACCUUAGCUCAGGGCUAAGAGCCUCCUUUGCCCGGGGCUAAGAACAAUGCAGUGUCAAAAUGCCAUUUUUUUUUCCUGUGCCAUAGAAUUAGGAAUUAGAAUACACUAUAAUUUAAUAGGAUCUCUAUGGUCUGUGCUAUAACAGGUUGUGCUGAGGUCAUCCGAGUGAUCCUCAAAGACCAAGGGGCAGAGUUUGAUGAGAAGGUCGUCACCAUGGAGAUGUGGAUGGAGGGCACUCUCAAAGCCAGCUGUGUGAGUAACCCGGUAACCAGUGUACAUUGCAUUUCACAUCACUUUUACAUGCAGACAAAAAUGUCUUAAUUAAUUCAGGGGUAUCUGAUAGAUUAAUUAUUAAUGACUAAUUAUUACACCCUGAAACUGUGUGUAAUGUGUUAGAAAUGUGUGAGUGUAGGAGCAGUAAAGGCUAUGGCAUUGAGCCUCUAUUUAGCAAUGUGAGUAAGAGUUAGGCCAGACAACAAAGGCAACUGAUAACUGAGGAAUUUAGGGAGUAGAGAAACUGUUAUGAAAACAUGGUGCAGAAUAUUGUGAGAACGGCAAUAACUGAGUAAUGCAGGGAGUAGGCUAUGAUGAGUGUGUGUAUGCAUGUGUGUGUGUGUAUGUAUGUGUGUAUGCAUGUGUGUGUAUGUGUGUGUGUGUGAACUGAUGGUCAGGAGAGCAGUUUUAGAGUGGAGAACUACAGCCCGCCUACAGAGGGGAGGGAUUUUUUUGUAUGAUGUAUGAGUAUAAAAGAUGGACUCCGAAAUUGUGAUGGCAGAAUUCUCAAUGAAUAAAUCUCUGAAUAUGCAGAUCGAGACUCUGUCCGUUAUUUAAAUCCCAAAAGACUUACAACCUUUUGGGAGACGCACAGAGACACUGAAAUAGUUUGAUAAAUAAUUCACGUAACAGUAUCUGGGGAGGGAGUAACCUUCUCAACAUUUUGACUUUCAAAAAGUGACUAAAUGUGUAUCCUUAUGUGUUCUCUUAAUAUCAAUCAAAUGAAUGUUGCUGUUUUACACAAGGUCUCUAUGUCACACCAGCCUUCGCUUUGGCUCCCCCUCCUGUCCAGCUCAGGUGUUCGGCGUCGCUGGCUUUUUUAGCUGCUGCCGAACCUACUGCUGGCAAACGCCCUUCACUCAUCAACCCCGGACUUGUCUCGUCAUCAUUACACACACCUGGUUCCAAUCCCCACUCUAUCACUGUAUAUAUACUCCCUCUGCCAUUUGUCUUUGUCGGUCAUUGUAUUUGUUACUUGUUUUCCUGAGAGGUAUCUCACGUACUAUUUUCGCAGUACUUAAUAUUUUGCACUUUGGGUUACCCCUAUGCCUUUUAGUUUAUGAAGAUAUUUUUUGAGCACAACAGCGUUUGGGUUUCGUCCCGCUUUGAUCUAUGGUGCUUAAAUAAAUUCAGUAGUUCAAAACCUGCGACUGCCUCCUGCCUACUCCUCUCUACACCAGUGACACUCUAGGACCAACUUAUAGUCAAAAUGUUUACCUAUCGGAAAACAGUCAUUUUGACAUAUGACAGUGAGUUUUAUUAGCACUAUGUGUUCGCUAUUCACUGUAAAAAUGCUGCAUCAGCUAUACAGAACACCCCAUAUGGUGCAUGCAGGCUUUGAUUCACUCCAAGGGCUUUUUCGACUUGCCCUGACAUAUUUUUGUGGGAAUUGGCUGAAUGUUUACUGAAACACCAUUGACAAUGUUCUCCUAACAAGGCAGUUUAGAUAGCAACUAAGCAAACAUGACACUGGCAUCCCGGGCUUCUAAGCAACAAUACCCAUGUGGGCCUUACAGAGACGUAGAGAGCCCUUAACAAGCUCCAUAUGGGGAGGUUGGAUGCAAGAUCAGACAAACGGAACUUGACAAACAUAUCAAUAGAAAACACACCUACUACAAAUACUGUCUUUAUAAAAAGCACGUUCUGUGCAUUAUGCAUAGCUCACAAGGUGUUGUUAAUGCAUUAUGAAGAGGGUAUUCAUAUGAGGUGUUACCAAAAUGUCAUCACAGAAUCAUGAAUUUGAAUCAUGAUGUUUAGAUGCUAGGCGAUUGAGGAGGUGAUGAAUCACAGUUAUGAUUUUUGACAGAGGAUUAGAAGUGAAUUGUUGAUAAUUUUUCCUUUACUUUUCAUUCACAGUUGUUUGGUAUAUUUGAAGACGGUGACCUCACUUUGUACCAGACCAAUGCAAUAAGGAGACAUUUCGCACAGAAACUUGGUAAAUGGAGGACGAACAGAAAAGCCUGCUUGCAACAUAAUGAGAUUAAUAUUGACUCACCCAAUAUGUCUUGAUCAAUCCUCUGCUCCAGGAGUCUAUGGCUAAGACCAGAGGGAGGCUGCUCUCAUUGACAUGAUGGAUGAAGCCCUCCAAGAUCAAAACAAAUACAGAAAUGUAUGGUACAUGUAACCACGGUGGCAAUUUGAUCUAAACCCAUGGUCUCCCUCAUAGUAUAGGUCUGUUGCUGGAUCUUAAUUUGACCAGUUUUGUCACAGGAGUAAAACAAUCCUGCAGCAGGAGGAUUUGAUUAUUCUCCAAAAAGUGAUUUUUUAAAAACAGAAAUUAGUAUGUAUAUCCUACAGUAGGCUUUUGUUUGUGUUUGAGAUCUAGUGAGAUAAAAAUAACUUUAUGUUACUACUAGGGCACUUUGAGUUUCCUGCAGAGCAGGAACAUUCACUGCGACAACAGUGAUCAAAUUAAGAUACUAUAUCUAUAUCAUAGUAUAGUUUAGUAGUAUAUAGUAUUGACUGUAGGAAAAAGAGCUACUUACCUACUGUAACUGCAAUGCAAGUUUGAUUGAAUUGAGACCCAAAAUGAUUAAAAAUGGUUCCCCAGGACUCCGGUAAAGAGGGGUACCUUAAGGCACUGCCAACAGAUCUCAAGCCUUUCGAGAAAACCCUGUCCAGCAAUAAAGGAAGAUUUCUGGUUGGCGACAAGGAACAUUUAUUUAUGUUAUCAAAUUAUCAAAGACAUCAACUGGCAUAUACUGUACAUGGGGGUAGGGGGUAGGGGUUGUUUUGGACCUGGACUUCUCAUGUACUCAUGCUGUCUUUCUUUCUCUGGCAGAUCUCCUUAGCCGACUACGCCCUGGUGCUCCUACUGAUCCACCACCAAGUCCUCACCCCCUCUGCCUGGAUGCCUUCCCCUCCCUCCAGAGCUACCUGAAGAGGCUGUGUGCCCGGCCCAACCUGCAUAUUUACCUCCAGAGCGACGACUUCAAGAACAGACCCAUCAUUCCUGGGAAGAGAGCCUAA